AUGUUGAUGAUUCCCAGCGGACACAUAUUUGGCUUGGUAAUCUGGAACGCGCAAUCAGCAGCCGAACGGGGGAGGAGCGUCAAAACCAAUGGUCAGGAAAUUCGCAACAUCAUCUGGACUGCCGAGCAGCUAGCUCUGGAUCUGUCACCAGACUUGGCAACAAGUCAUAUCGUGGGCGCCAUGAGAAAGUUCAGGGGCAUAGACAUCUAUGUCCAGUCCACUUACGAAAGGCUGGGCGCAUUGGAAACCCUAUCAGGUUGA